AUACAAAUCAAACUGACAAAUGUUAUCAUUUCUGCACGCGAAAAAGUAUCUAAUAACGCUAUUUUUUAUAUUUGCAUCAGCAAGUCUUUACCAUCCGGUGUGAGGAAAGUUUCUUAUUGGCACAUCCAAGACAACUGAUACGAAGGUAAACAGCACUGUCAGCUGAGCAACGAAAAUUGAGUGUCAUCCAAAACCAUAAAUCGCUAGAAACAUUACAAGCGACUCAGAGUAAUCCAAGCUCAUGUGGUGGGCCAACCAUAAAAAAGUAGCCGUGAACACAAUUACAGUUGAGUGGGAUUUUUCAAGGGAAACAGAGAGUACCUGGACUUAUAAGGAAAAUACGAAUACUGCGGAUGGGUAAAUAAUCAGCACAGGAAAAAAAAGGUGUUUUGUUCCUACAGAAACAAUGAUAUUAUAUGAAUACAAGGUUUUCUACCUGUGAUCGGUCGCGGCAACUUCACGGUCGCAUUUCACUGUGAUUCACAGUUCACCCUUGUGUCAUCGCGAAAAAAAUUGACGUAUUUGAAUAAAUAACGUUUUGAUCUUCUUACAAUGAACACAAGCCAGAACUUAACGGGAACAGAAGACCAGAGUAACCUUUGGAAUCUCAAGGCAAUAAUAUCCUCAGGGAGCAUCCUCGCGCUGUUAACAAUAAUCGGUAACUCUAUCAGCCUAGUCGUCUUCAUGAAAACCAAGGUUCUUCGACGCCGACGACCCUACUAUCUCCUUGUUAACCUAUGCAUUGCCGAUCUUCUCGUUGGCAUCAACGUUUUCCUCCGAGUCAUUUUCGAUUUGGGGUUUAUAUAUCGAUGGACUAUUGACAAUACUAUUAAGAGAUUUUGCUACACGUUGGACUAUUUCUCCAGCCUGGCGUCUGUGUUCUUGCUUUCAGAGAUUUCCGUGGAGCGAUUUGUGGCCGUUGUCUUCCCGUUCUAUCAUCGAACACUGGGCAACGCCUUCUACAUCACCAUUAUCGCGGCUCCAUGGGCGCUCUCAAGUCUUGUGAUUAGUAUCUACGUGCCGUCCAAAUAUACCUCCACGCUUCCAUACAUCAUUUUCAAGUACUUAUACCUCGUCUUUUUGUAUCUGCCUGUGCUUAUUAUAAUAAUAGCGUACUCUGGAGUAUUGUUAAAAGUGAAAUUCAGUCAUGUCCAGGGAGGUAAUUCACACAAAAGUCGACAAUUGCGUGACAAGAAACUUGCCGUGACGCUUCUCAUUGUCACGCUGACGUCACUAAUCACGUGGAUGCCUUAUAAUUGUUUCUUGACCAUGUGGAGUUACUUGGAGUAUCCGUACUAUGAUAACGAUGUGUUCUUCGCGCUACUGCAGUUGCAGUACUCAAACUCGUGUGUUAACAUACUGGUGUAUGCCUGGAGGAUGCCUGAGUUCAGACACGUUCUUUUUGGGUCGUGUCGACGAGGCCAGGUGGCGCCACUAUCACAUGAAGACACUCGACCCAUUCCCUCUCGUCCUGAGCUGAGUGGGGUGUCAAGGAGCGGUGCAGCGGUGUCACAGCUAGAAGUCGGCGACGAUGUAUCAACUAUUGCCGGGAUAAGUAGUACGCAUUGCGUGAACGUGAUAGAGAUGGAAAAUAGAAGGUAAAAACAAAAAGAAAUGGAAUUUGAACUAGACUAAUGUCAGUAUCUCAAUAUAUGCAAGGUCUCACAUUUCUCAUAUACUUGAAGUACGCUUAUAUUACUGAAGUUUAUACGAUA